AUAGUGUUCCAUGUGGCAGCGCUUGGAAUAGUCUACAGUCCACCCAGUCAUCAGCAGAGAUUUUACAAAGGACACACUGAUGAUAUUCUCUGCCUCACCAUUCAUGAUGACCAGGACCUUGUGGCCACAGGACAGGUGAGUUGUAGAAUAGAAAAAGUGGCUGUGAAAAGAAGUUCCGGACAUCAUAUAUAUUCUUCACAUUCUUCACUUUCAUCUACAACGGCAGUUCAAAAAUGAAUUAUUUCAUAUAUACUUCACAUCAUUUCACUCCUCAUGGGAGAUAUGAACUCAAUAAAUUGAUCUCGCUCCCAACGUGUGGCUUCAUAGCUCAGUUGGUAGAGCAACGCACCGGUAACGCGGAGGUCACAGGUUGGAAUCCCGUUGAAGCCCUGAUUUUUUGAGGCUUCUUCUUUCCAAUUGCUUAAAUUGGAAAAUUUACUGCGAUGAUCAUUCUUCACUUUCAUCUACAACUGCUGUCAAAAAUGAAUUAUUUCAUAUAUACUUCACAUCGCAUCAUAUUCUGUUGGUCACACUGUAGGAGUUUCUGUUUUGACCAUAAAAAAAUGUAAUGAAGAGUAACGGCUGUCUGCAAACUAUGAUAUGAAUAAUUAUUGUUACUGUAUAUUUUGGUAUUUGUAGCAAUAUGAAAGGUAAAUUCAAGGCUAUUUGGGUAUAACUAGGUAGCUAGAUGGUGAAAGACUAGUAGACGUAGCAGUUUUUCUGCAAAACUGUAAUUGAAUAUAGAGAAUCUUCAACUAUCAAUGCCCUUAAACUUACGUACAACUGUAGAUGAGAUUGUUGAAUGUGAUCUUUUAAACCAGAAAAACAAAAAUCCCCAGAAUGCUGACAAAUAUGGCCCAUCAAUUAAAGAUUAAAAAUAGCUUUGGGGUUUACCAGAAUUAUUUGUGUAUCAUGCACAAUUUUUGGUAGUAAAGCCACAACCCAAAAGUCCUUUUUGCAGCAGCUUAUGCUGCUCUAUGUUGUGACCUGGGUGUGCAACUAGCUGCAAGAGUACAAUAGAGAAAGUUUUUUUUUGUAAUCUUGAGCGCUUAUGUUUUUGACUACUAAAUGUUUACCAUACAGUACUACAGCUUCUUCGGUCCCUUUGAAACUCAGUACUAUUUCUGAAUUUGAAUAUUCCGUGUAAAUAAAUUGUGUUACUUUGUAAUUAGACAAAGACUGUCUGAUUUGUCUCCAGGUGGGCAAACAAGCAGAGACUCAUGUGUGGGAUGCUACUACAAUGAGAACUGUUUCUGUUCUUAAGGGCUUUCACAAGCGAGGCAUAAUAUGUGUGGACUUCUCAGGUAUUUACUGGUCUACCUUGUAGGUGCACAUGAGCCAUAAGACCCACUUGGUUGGGGUUCAUCCCUGUUUGCAUAACACAGAGCAUGUCUGGGUAUAAGUGAUGAUCCCCCCUAGAUGUGAUGCAGGUCUAUCACAGGGUUACCCUGGGCAGUAUCUGGUAUUAGUGAGCUUAAGCAAAGACGUUUUUGAGCGACUCACAUUAACCAGAAGUGGAAUUUGCAUAUUUCUUGGGCAGUAGUUUCACCAAAAUUGUUGGUUAAAUUGUCUUUACAGCAGUGAGGUCAGCUGUAUAAGAGAAAAAACUCUUAGCAAUUACAAAUUUGGUAGUGUCAAUGCGUAUUGAAAGGAAAGAGGCCUCAUUUCCAACUGUUGUCUGGUACGUUGCUGAAGGGUGUCUUUUCUUAAAUACCUAUUUAUGCAUGUACAUGUGUGUGUUCAAAAGAGGCAAAGUGGAAAAAGGUUUUCUAUGGAAAAACAAGAUGACAAGACUGUAAUAAACCCGGUUGCUAGGGAUCUGAAGUUUGAUAUGUUAACCUCCUGGCCAUCAUCCCUCUGCUGGUUUACUAAUGAUAGCCAUAAUUCAAGGGCUGGAUCCUUCAAACCCCACUCUCCCCCCACUCUCCCCCCACCCCCCCCCCAAAAGAACGGAGCAUGUGAUCUUCAUUUACAUUUUGUUUUUGUUUUUGUAACAUACAGUGUACACUAACUGAAAAACAAUGCUUUGCUUGAGUUGGAUCUUUUAGGGUGUGUUAGUAAUUAACACACCCUAAUUUGAAAAUGAUGACAUGGAGUCAUCGAAACGUCAUUCAUUGCUAUUGCUAAUUUUUAUUCUCAGUUAAUCGUAUUCUGAAAUAAAAAAAUGAUAUAUGCAAAAAAAUUUUUUACAGCUCUGCUAAUGUCAUAAAAUCUUUCCCUUACACGUUAGGAUGCUCAAAUUUUCUGUUAUGAACAAAAGAAAACUUGAGGCCUGUAGUCAGAGAAAAAAAAUUAAUGAUAGCUGGAAAAUUUUAAAAUUUACAAGGAUUUGCAAGCAAACCAGUCGACUGUGACUGGCUGGCGAGAAUAUUGUUUUUUCCAUGCAAAUCCUUCUACAGUUUUGGUGGCCGUUGCAAUUGCUAGUACUUAAAAAUACCUGGCUGAAAAUUUACAUGUUGUCUUAUUUUUAUAUGCUUUUUUCGUUCCUGCUAAAACCAUUUUUCCAAAAUGAGCUGUUUUUGUGUUAACAGGAAAAUGAUCAUGUGACCAACUAUAUUAUAUUUACUCAAGUUCACUUUUCUUUCAACUUUGAAUUACCAUAGGUGAUGGAAAGAAAUUGGCAGAUGUUGGUCUUGACGAUGACCACAGUAUUUGUAUUUGGGACUGGAAGAAGGAGGAAAAAAUGGUUUCAACUCGUGGUCAUAAAGACAUGAUCUUUGUUAUUGAGUGGAAUCCAUUCGAUCCAAAUUACCUUGUGUCCGUUGGAGAGAAACACAUCAAAUUCUGGACACAAAGGGGU